AGGGACAGGAUGGAGCUCAGUCCACUACCUGUGAUGCUCUUGCUGAUUUCACUCAUUCCAGAGACACAUGCUGAAGGGCAACCUAAAGCUGUGUUGUCCAUAAAGCCUGAUAAACAUGUGUACAGUGGCGAGACUAUCACUCUCAGAUGUGACAUAGAGGGAGGAGACACUAAGUGGACAUACAUCUGGUUUAAGAAUAAUUCCAGUUUACAAACUGAAGAAGGAAAAGGCAAACAGAAUAAAGACAGCAAAAAGCAGGAGUUCAGAAUCAAGUAUGUUAAAGACACUGACAGUGGUAACUACACCUGCAAAGGACAUAUUGGAAACUCUCAGAGCUCACAGAGUGAUGCAGUUACACUGAAUGUAUCAGAAAGACCACAGACAGUACUGAGUGUAUCUCCACAGCGCUGGCUGACUGAAGGAGACUCAGUGACUCUAAGCUGUAAAGUUACAAACUCCUCUACAGACUGGACAUUCAGCUGGUACAGAGAUGUUCUCAAUAGAUCCAAUCCUAGCAAUAUCAAGACUAAUCCAGUGCUCCUCACAGACAGCAGCAGAGGAUCUGGAGGCAAAUACACUCUCAGUCCUGCUUCUGUUAAACACACAGGAGUUUAUAGGUGUAGAGGAAAGAGAGGAGAACAACACCUUUACACAAAAUACAGCUCUGGAAAGCCUCUAUGGAUCACUGGUGAAUCUCCUCCAGUCUCUCUUAUCAUCAAUCCCAGCAGAACUCAACACUUUACUAAUGACUCUCUCUCACUGAGCUGUGAGGACCAGAGUAAGUCUACUGGAUGGACAGUGAGACGAUACGCACACAGUAAGAAUGAGUCAGAUUGUUCACACUGGGGAUCAGUUACAGGAUCUACAUGUAACAUCAGCUUCCUCUCCACAUCCUACACUGGAGUUUACUGGUGUGAGUCUGAAUCUGGAGAAAACAGUAAUCCUGUCAACAUCACAGUGCAUGAUGGUGAUGUGAUCCUGGAGAGUCCUGUCCAUCCUGUGACUGAGGGACAUCCUCUGACUCUACGCUGUUUAUAUCGUACACCCAAUGCCUCAAACCUCACAGCUGAUUUCUAUAAAAAUGGAUCAGUUCUCCAGAACCAGACUACAGGAGAGAUGAUCAUCCAAACUGUAUUAAAGUCAGAUGAAGGUUUCUACCUGUGUAAACAUCCACAGAGUAGAAAGUCACUGAAAAGCUGGGUCUCAGUCAGACGUUCUAGGUCCACUAGUACAACCUUAGCUUUUAUACUGAGUUUGGCAUUUCUGAUCAUUUUAUUAAUCUUCCUGCUGGGGUUCUGCAAAAUAAAGAAAGAAAAGCAGAAAACCAAUCAGACAUCAGAACAGAAUCAGAGCCGAGCAGGAGUUGAAGACACACAGUCAGGAAACACACCACUUCAGGCUGGAAGUGAUAAUAUUUAUGACAUUGUGGAACAGGCAGAUAUGAGAGGAACAGGUGAAGCUGCAGCUGAGAGCAACGAAACCACUUACGUGCAGGUCAUGAAGAAAAAGAAGGCAAAUAGGAACAAUGAUCUUGAUGGGGAGCUCAGUGGUAGUGAUGUGACUUAUGCUCAACUUGAAUUAAAACCAAAGAAGCUGUCUAUGCGAGAAAAAGAAAAAGCCAGUGUGGAUGCUGACUCUUUAUACUCAGCAGUGAAGCUGAACAACAAGAGCCCGUCUCCAAGUCGGCACAUAUCAGGGUGAAUUAUACUGAUAUACUUUAUAAUGCUUUUAUACUAUAUAAUUGUUACUUAAACUUAAUUUACUGAUAGCACUAACAUUAAUACGAAUUAAAACAAUGGGAAAGCUCCUCAGACCUGGAUGAGAAUGAGCAAACUUCUUUAUUGUGGUCAAUCAGCUAACAAUUCUCUAAGAGAAAUUGCCAAUUUGAAAGUAACAAAAGAAAUCCCAAAAACCCAAAAAGAGCAUCUUCAUGAAGAGCAUUGGCAUGCAAAAACAAAAACCCUCAGGACGGUCCUGCAAAGUAACGUUUUUUUACACAUACACAUUUGGCCCCAAAUAUUCUCCACUAUAUAUACGCUUCCAAGCGCCUCCUUAUUGGUUCCCCUCCUCACAGGCCCGUUUUCAUAUCACCUUAUCAUUAUGUCACCUUAUUUACUGGAAUCAUCUCAUAUGUUUUUGUAACGUCCUGUUCCUUACAAUCCCCUUGUUUUUCCUUCACCUUUCGCCCAUAUGCCCAUUUAUGGAUUUUCCUCCCCUUAGUUCCCCGGGGCCCAGGUCCGGGAGCCCAGGCCUGUGACCCUGGGUCUUCUUUGUUCACAUAACAAUUAUGUCUAAACAACAAUUUUUGUUAUUGAAAAGUGUGCUCAAAAAGAGCUUCACUCCCAGGUCAAAGUUACAUUUGCCUCUCAGUUUUUCCAUGCCAGACGUCCUGAAAAUUAAUCCUUCAUUCAACUACAAUGGGUAAGUUUCUCCUUUGCUAUUUUCUUCUAUACAUGAUUUUUAAUAAUUAUAAGUCACUCUAUGAGUCUGAUUUAUGUCAAAAGUUAUUAUGUUAAAAGAAAGCUCUUAUCUAUUUGUCAUCUUAUAUUGUCACUAUUGCUAAUCUCUUGCUAAACUCUUGCUAAACUCUUGCUAAACUAUUGCUGCUAUACUGUUGUCAUUAUUGUUAAGCUAUUGCUGCUAUAAUGUUACUUGUGUACAAAAAAAACAAUGGAGUUCUUUGAUGACUCCCCUAAUCUGCUAACUGCUUGAAUUAUGAUAUGAUCUCAUGUUAUGAUCUCAGCCUGUCCUUGCUCAGGCUGGGCUUGUUUACACUUAUCUCAAGCUCCCGUUCCUCUAUCUCCUCUAACUCCCCUUAUCUCCCCUCAGAUCCUUCGCGUCAGCCAGCUCAUCCUGGUCGCCCCAUCAUGUCCUCACCUCACCAUCCUCGUCCGUCUCCCUACCCAAGGCCAGUGCCUGCUGAUGUCAUGGCGAGCUAUCGCCGCUUCCAGCUACUUCAUAUCACCCAUGAGCUCGUUACGUGUCUGGAACAGUUCUAUUCUAUGGCCCUGAGUCCCCUGUUUACACUCUUUCCUCUCCUGUCUGCUGAGUUACUAUAAUAAAGAGUGCCUCUUUUAUUCACCCUCUGACUUCUGGUUAAUAAUAUAUAAUAUAAUAAUAAUAUAAUAUAAUAAUAUAAAUAUAUUCUCUUAAGGCCCCAGGAUUUUUCACAACAUUGUCCUUGUCCUUUAUGUUUAUUAAGAAUUUCUUACUAAGUCCUUAGCUCUGUCUUUGAUUUAUG